AUGACUACGGCUGUUGAGUGCAUGACAUCGAUCACCGUCUCUCAGACCGCCGUCAUGGAUCCCUCCGCCGACAAGAAGCGCAACAAGCUGGGAUACCAUCGCACCUCUGUCGCAUGCGUCCACUGUCGACGGCGCAAGAUCCGGUGUCUUGUUGCCGCAGACGACGCCCAGGGCCGAUGCGAAAACUGCAUCCGUCUGCGCAAAGAGUGCCAGUUCUUCCCGGUGGACCAACAACCGCCGAUCGAGAAGAAAUCCCGUCCCAAUUCCCGCAUCGAAACGAUCUCGAAUGAUCCGUCGACGGCUUCGUCGUCGCCUCCGACUGUCUCGGGAGACCAGACAGACGCUUACUACCACUACCAGCAUAUGCCCUUGAGCGCCGGCCAAGACGUCGCGGCGUUCAACGCCGCGCCGUAUGCGAAUCCAAUGGCUCAAUUCGCGCCAGGUGGGUAUCAUCAGAUGGAAUCAGGGUCAAGUGUCUCGCCACUGACGAGGUACGGCACAGGUGUAGAUGCGACAUCGACCCCCAAUCCGAUGGACCCAUCCGUCCCCUGGGACGAGUUCACUACGUUGCCCUCAGACCCGCAGCUGCUGGCGACGAUGUCUGCCGCGGGGAAGCCCAUGGUCAGCGUCAACAUGCCUCACCAAGCUCAUGUCUGGAGCCAGCCUGCGACCCCGAUCGCCGCAAUGCCACCUAAUACACAGCUCCCAGGCGCGCCCACCGUGCCCUCACAACCACAGCCUUUGAGCCCGUCAUCGCCCUACACAGUGCAGCCCGACGGCUCCGUCUCGGUCUGGCAAAUGGCGCAGACUCCCACUCGAUCGAUGACGUUCCCUGCCCAGCCGAACAUGCCCGCGCAGUAUCCCAGUCCCGGCGGCUUCGCACAACCCAUGCCGGCCGACCUCAAGCGGCGAGUGACCAGUCCCGGUCAAGGGUACCCUAUGCACCCGCAGAGCCCGCCGGCCGACCUCCAGGGCACAUCGGUUCCGGUUACAUAUGCCGCGCAGCCGACAGGUAUAGGAUACCCCGGGUGGCAGGAUAUGAGUGGCGUAACACCGGUGAAUAUGGUCCCAUACCCGGUAUACACAGACGCACAGCAAGCACAGGCCGUGUACGGCAGCCCUCUGAUGGGGCCUGGCGCUGGACAUGGACACCCGGGGCAACAUCAAUAA